AUGGGCUUUCACUCGUCUACUUCUCCUCGUCCGGAGCGCAUUCACAUCGACGAGCAGAGCAGGCAGAACGUCACGGAGCUCGCGAGACAGAUAUCGAGAACGUCCAACGCCGGUGUUCCACGAAGGCGGGAUACCGCCCCUCACACUCAACCGCUUUCUCCGGCCGCGUCGCGCAGCUCGAACGCCAAAGGCGAAGAUCUGCCGAACCCAUUCAUCGGGAGCGACGAUCCGAGGCUCCUACCGGGUAGCGGGUCAUUCGACGUCAAAGCGUGGAUUCGCGCCGUCUUGAACAUCGUUGAGCGAGAGCCCGAGCGGUUCCCUCAGCGCACGGCGGGCAUUAGCUUCAAGAACCUAUCCGCCUACGGCUUCGGCACGUCGACCGACUACCAGAAGGAUGUGGGAAAUAUCUGGCUAGAAGGCGCUGGACUGGUUCGGAAGGUGCUUGGGAGGGAGAGGCAGCGCAAGAUCGAUAUUCUGCGCAAUUUCGACGGUCUGGUGAAAAGUGGAGAGACGCUUGUCGUUCUCGGGCGACCUGGGAGUGGGUGCAGUACCUUCCUGAAAACCAUCGCCGGUCAGACCCACGGCUUUUUCCUGUCGCCGGAGACCGAAAUACACUACUCCGGCAUUCCGCGUGAGCAGUACAUCAAGCACUUCCGCGGAGAGGUCAUAUACCAGGCCGAAGUAGAUGUACACUUCCCGAUGCUGACCGUCGGCGAGACCCUCGCAUUUGCGGCGCUUGCGCGGGCGCCUCACAACCGUCCCGACGGCGUCACCCGCCGGCAGUGGGCGAUGCACAUGCGCGACGUCGUCAUGACCAUCUUCGGCCUCAGUCACACCGUGAACACUCGCGUCGGGAACGAUUAUAUUCGUGGGGUUUCCGGCGGUGAACGCAAGCGCGUGUCCAUUGCGGAGGCGACUUUGAGCGGUAGUCCAGUACAAUGCUGGGACAACAGUACGCGAGGAUUGGACAGCGCCACUGCGCUUGAAUUCGUAAAGACAUUGCGAACCGCAUCGGAAGCCGGUGGGGUAGCCAACAUCGUCGCGAUUUACCAAGCCAGCCAGGAAGCAUACGACUUGUUCGACAAGGUCAUCCUGCUCUACGAGGGCCGCCAGAUCUUCUUCGGCCCCACAAAGGCAGCCAAGGAUUACUUCAUUCGGAUGGGCUACGAGUGCCCUCCCCGCCAGACGACCGCGGACUUCCUCACGUCAAUUACCAGUCCGGAGGAGCGCAUCGUCCGCGCCGGAUUCGAAGGCCGCGUCCCGCGCACGCCGGACGAGUUCGCCGUCGCGUGGAAGCAGAGCGCCGAGCAUGCUCACCUCAUGCGCGAGAUCGAGGCGUACGACCACCAGUACCCCGUCGGUGGACACCACCUCGAAACGUUCGUCAAGUCGCGUAAGGCGCAGCAGGCGGACCACGUCAGCUCCAAGUCGCCGUACACGAUUUCGUUCCCGAUGCAGGUCCGCCUUUGCUUGGUGCGCGGGUUCCAGCGGCUGAGGAACGACCUGUCGAUGUUCUUCGUGACGGUGUUCGGCAACUCGAUCAUGUGCCUCAUCGUUUCCUCGGUCUUCUACAACCUCCCCACAGACACGAGCAGCUUUUUCUCGCGCGGUGCACUGCUCUUCUACGCGAUCCUUCUGAACGCGUUCUCGAGCGCGCUCGAAAUCCUUACGCUCUAUGAGCAGCGGCCGAUCGUGGAGAAGCACACGGCGUACGCGCUCAUACACCCCGCUGCCGAAGCCUUCGCGUCGAUGUUGACGGACCUGCCGACCAAGAUCUUGACGGCGCUUGCGAGCAACCUCAUCUUGUACUUCAUGACGAACCUACGACGUGAAGCCGGCGCGUUUUUCAUCUUCUUCCUCGUAUCUUUCACCACGACGCUCGUGAUGAGCAUGAUCUUCCGGACCAUCGCCGCCUCCUCCCGGACGUUGGCACAAGCGAUGACACCAGCGUCUUUGUUUAUUCUGGCCCUUGUCAUAUACACCGGCUUCACCAUCCCUACACGAAACAUGCAUCCUUGGUUCCGGUGGAUCAACUACCUGGAUCCCAUCGGCUACGGGUUCGAGGCACUAAUGGCCAACGAGUUCUCCAGUAGGAGAUACGCCUGCGCGCAAUUCAUACCUUCCGGACCGCGGUACGCCAAUGUCUCCGGCACCGAGCACAUCUGCUCUGUAGUCGGUGGCAAGCCGGGAAAUAACUUCGUCGACGGCUCGGACUAUAUCGCGCAGUCGUUCCAAUACAGCCGGUCCCAUCUCUGGCGCAACUGGGGCAUAUUGGUGGGAUUCUUGAUCUUCUUCCUCAUCACGUACCUCGCCGCGACGACCUACAUCAGCUCGGCCAAGUCGAAGGGCGAAGUCUUGGUCUUCCUUCGGGGACACCUGCGCCCUGAGAAGAGGGACGACGAGGAAGGCGCGUCGCGCGGGGAGAAAAAGGUGGUUGUAUCGUCCUCGUCUUCGAGUCGCUCGAGCAAGGAUGCGGCGGCGGAUUUGAGCCAGCGGGAUAUCUUCAUGUGGCGUGAUGUGGUGUACGACAUCAAGAUCAAGGGGCAGCCGCGGCGGCUGCUUGACCACGUCGACGGGUGGGUUCAGCCCGGAAAGCUCACGGCUCUCAUGGGUGCCUCCGGUGCUGGAAAGACCACGCUGUUGGACACACUCGCUUCCCGCGUGACUAUGGGCAUCGUCUCCGGCGAUAUGCUUGUCAAUGGCCGCCAACGCGAUGCAUCAUUCCAGAGGAAAACUGGCUACGUCCAACAGCAAGACUUGCAUUUGCAGACCUCCACCGUCCGCGAGGCCUUGGAGUUCAGCGCGCUUCUACGACAGCCAGCGCACGUCAGCAAGGAGGAGAAGUUACAGUACGUGGAACACGUCAUCGACCUACUGGAGAUGCGAGAGUAUGCCGGCGCUGUUGUUGGAGUUCCCGGUGAAGGUCUCAAUGUGGAGCAACGGAAGCGUCUUACCAUCGGUGUCGAGCUUGCGGCGAAGCCCCAGCUGCUGCUUUUCCUGGACGAACCUACGAGCGGUCUUGACUCCCAGACGGCCUGGUCUGUUCUCAGUCUGCUGCGCAAGUUAGCCAACCACGGGCAAGCCAUUCUCUGCACGAUACAUCAACCUAGCGCGCAGUUGUUCUCGGAGUUCGACCGACUGCUCUUCUUGGCCAAAGGUGGACGCACGGUGUAUUUUGGAGACCUCGGCGAAGAUUCGAGGAAGUUGAUCGACUACUUCGAGCGGAACGGUGCGGAUCCGUGCCCGCCGGCGGCGAAUCCAGCGGACUGGAUGCUACAGGUCAUCGGAGCUGCGCCUGGUGCCGUCGCCAAGCGUGACUGGCCCGAGGUAUGGAAGGAGAGCCCAGAACGGCAGAACAUCCGCGCCGAAAUCAGUAAAAUGGAGAGGGAGUUGUCAAGUAGAACCGUUGAAGAAGACGCCCACCCUCAAUCAUUCGCCGCUUCUCACUUCAUCCAGUACUACCUCGUGACGAAGAGGGUUUUCCAGCAGUAUUGGCGUACCCCAAGCUACAUCUACGCGAAGUUGACGCUAUCCACUGUCACGGCCGCGUUCAUCGGGUUCUCUUUCUGGCAGGCCAAGAGGGAUCAACAGGGCCUACAGAACCAGAUGUUCAGUAUCUUCAUGCUCAUGACCGCGUUUGGCAACAUGGUACAACAGAUCAUGCCUCAAUUCGUGACUCAACGUUCCCUUUACGAAGUACGGGAACGCCCUAGCAAGACCUUUGGCUGGCCAGCAUUCAUGCUCGCCCAACUGACCGUGGAGCUGCCGUGGCAGGCCUUUGCUGCUGUGCUUGCUUUCGUCUUGAUCUACUUCCCCAUUGGUCUCAAUCAUAAUGCCGCAUUUGCCCACGAAACGGCGGAACGCGGCGGGCUGUUCUUCAUGCUCGUCCUCGCGUUUUAUAUAUUCACAAGCACGUUCUCCACUAUGAUCAUCGCCGGAGUGGAGGAGGCAACCACCGGAGGCAACAUCGCGAACCUCAUGUUCAGUCUUUGCCUCAUAUUCACCGGCGUACUGGCAACUCCUUCGCAAUUCCCGCAUUUUUGGAUAUUCAUGUACGACGUGUCGCCCUUCCGAUACAUGCUCCAAGCAAUGCUCUCGGUCGGACUCGCGCACGCCCCUGUCAAGUGCUCGUCCAUCGAGGUCAAGACACUUGAUCCGGUGCCCGGCCAGACCUGCGGACAGUACCUCCAGUCGUACAUAUCCUCAUUCGGCGGAUCCGUCUCCAACCCCGAAGCGACGUCCGGAUGCGAAUACUGUUCGAUCACGUCUACGGACCAGUUCCUCGCGCAGAUCAACGCCAACUACUCCGAACGGUGGAGGGACUGGGGCUUGCUCCUCGUCUACAUCACGUUUAACAUCGUGGGAGCUUUGUUCUUGUACUGGUUGAUCAGGGUGCCGAAGGGUAACCGGGUGGAGAAAUCUGCCGCUCCAGGGCCGGAUAUUUCUGCGCAGACGAAGAAGGAAUUGCUACAGUGAAGGAUGCUGUUUCAACGACUUGUGACGUGCUGAUAUGACCUUUUUACAUCUUGGAAGAAGACCUUCAGAUUUCUUCUACACUCAUUCGUUAUCGGUUGCUCGAACAUUCUCUACGAUUUUCCUCUUAAUCAUAACUAUAUCAUACCCAGGGUCCC